GAAUUCCCGACGGUUUUUCCCGGGUCUCCGCCACCCCAAAUUCCUGAUCAUUGUCCCCAGGCUCCACCAUCUCAAAUUCCCGACGGUUUUUCCCGGGUCUCCGCCACCCCAAAUUCCUGAUCAUUGUCCCCAGGCUCCACCACCCCGAAUUCCCGACGGUUUUUCCCGGGUCUCCGCCACCCCAAACUCCGGGCGCUCGUCCGCAGCGGGAGCUCUGGCUUUAAUCUGAUGCAGCCCCACCGCACCGCCCAGUUCGGGGUUUUUUGGGUAAAACCCCGGUGCCACCGCGGCACUCGGGGAUCGGAUGUCCUGGAUGUCCCAGCCCUUCCCUCGGCCAGGCUAGCGAGGCACUGACCCAGAGCAGGAAAAAAGCGAUUUGAAGCCCCCGAGGGAGGAUGUGGGCUUACACCGUGGGCUUCACCGUCCUGCCCCACGUCGGAGGAUUCCUGGGCUGGUUCCUCAACAGGAAGGAAAUCCCAGCGUGGUACGAGAAGCUGAAGAAACCCGCCUGGUGCCCCUCGCGCCGGGUGUUCCCCGUGGCCUGGACCAUGCUGUACACGGGCAUGGGCUACGCCUCCUACCUGGUGUGGAACGACCUGGGUGGCUGCAGCAGCAAAGCCAUCGUGCCCCUGGGGCUCUACGGGGCGCAGCUGGUGCUCAACUGGGCAUGGCCCCCCUUGUUCUUCGGUGCCCGCAACCUCAACAUGGCGCUGAUCGACAUCCUGUGCCUGGACGGGCUGGCGGUGGGCACGCUGUGCUCCUGGUUCCGCAUCAACCGCGUGGCAGCGCUGCUGCUGCUGCCCUACCUGGGCUGGCUGGCCAUGGCCACCUGCCUGACCAUCCGCAUCUGGAGGGACAACCCCGAGCAGAAGGCGGCCAAGAGCGACUAAACCUUCAACCGAGUUCUGGCUGAAUUUAUUCCCCUUCAACCAUCCCCAGGUGUAAUAAUUUGGGGGGGUUGUUUUUCCUUUCUCCUCCUCUCACCUCCGUC